AUGGCAUCUACUCAAGACCUCCUCAAGCAAGCUGCAGAUCUCACGUCCUCUAACCCAAAGCGCGCAGAGGAGCUUUACAAACAAAUAACCGGUGUGCUGAACAGUCAUCUCAGCAACCUCCAAUGGAUCGGCAGUCAAUGCCAACAAAGUUAUGAGGCGAUCAGAUUCUUCCGGUUGGUGAUCUUCCCAGCGCUUGUCAUCAACGCCAGGAAUCUUUUAAUCCCCUCCUGGCGUAUUCCCGCUGGCAUUUGCGUAUCCAUCAAUGUCGACUCGGGGAGAUGCCAGAAGUCAUCACACGCCUCACCUGCAUUGUCAGUCGAGAUCAGGGCAUCCUAUGAGUUUGUUCGAAUGCUAGGCGCGCGGGAAAGGAUGAUAGGCCAUUACUCUUUGCCAAGAGUCAUUGGCAGCUCGGUCUUCACUUCACCCGGGCAGAUUCUACGCGACCCUGUUGAUUUGUCGCUCGCAGUGGAGAACUUCCGACUGGCAUCAAGGCAUCCUACUCAAAGAUUUCCGGAACGCAUCACGGAGGCUAUUGACUGGGCUCGUCAAGCAGAGGUAUUUCAACAUGAAUCUGCCCUAGAAGCAUACCAGAUGUGCUUUGAGCUGUUUGACAGCCAUAUGAUGACGCAAUCGUCGAUCAUCUCACGGCGCGAGGUUGCAGCCGCUUUUCGUGGUGCGCGACCACUUCCUGUAGAUGCUGCCUUGUGUGCCAUACGUCGUGACAAUAUACGACGGGCAGUCGAGCUCGUGGAGCAGGGCCGUGGCCAGCAGUGGUCACUGGCAUUGCGGUUCAGGACGCCACUCGAAGACCUCAAGUCUAGGAAUCCCGAACUAGCUCGCAAUUUUUUAAAUCUUAGCACGCACCUGUCCGAUGCUCUGGAUUCUAUAGCCAGAACUGACAGAGCUGUUGCUGAUCAGGCAGCAACAGAGUAUAGGAGACUCACAAAGCAAUGGGAAGCUGUAGUAGCUGAGACACAUUUGCAAGUGGCAGCACGCCAGAGCCCGAUUAUCAUCCUCAUCGCCAGCCAGAACUCGUGCAGCGCCAUCAUUGUCCCGACAUCGGGAGGCCCCCAUCAUGUUCCUUUGCCAUCCAUCGCUCUCGCAGAUCUGAAGAUUCUCAAGGAUCGCUUCGCCAGGGCAAUACGAGAUGCAUCUCGAAUGAGCCCAGCGGAGUCAAGGACGGAUCUAAUAGUGCUCCUGCGGAUAAUAUGGGACGAGGUCGUGUUGCCCGUCGUCAACGCACUCGAAUCUAGACAGUUGACGAAGAAGGGCGUUCCUCCGUCCUUUGUGGCGAUUGGACAAGGUCAACCGGGUGCAGGGAAAGGCAAGGCGCUCUUAGCUGUCGACAGCAAGCUCGAGCUUAUCCGUAAGCUCGUCCCGACAACUGCCUACUGCAUCACUAUUUCUGGCGACGCAGCCACGCGAGCAAGUGCACUCUCAACUUUGCAGCAGAACGCCUGGGUGCACCUUGCUUGUCAUGGGAAACAGGACCCUACGGAGCCUAACAAUUCACGUUUUCUUAUGAGAGACGAACAUUUGACGCUGCUCAAUAUUGCUGAGUUCGCAUUCUUAUCUGCUUGUCCUACUGCCAUGGGCGAUGAGAAGAUGUCCGAAGAAGUGGUUCACCUUGCAGCUGGUCUCCAGUUUUCAGGGUUCAAGAGCAUCGUUGGCACGUUGUGGGAGGUCGACGAUGCCAUCGCAAAACACGUGGUUGAAGCUUUCUACAGGUAUAUGUUCGGAGAUUUGAAAGAUGGUGGUGUCAUGGACUGUACGAAGGCGGCCUGGGUACUUAACUGUGCUACGCAUGCUGUGAAGACGGAAGUGCCGCUCGAGCAGAGGAUGGUUUUUGUUCAUAUCGGUGUGUAG